CAAAACCGAGCAACAGUGGCCUCAGUCUGGCUGCGGUGGUUGGAAGCAGUGGGAGCAUCUGCCGGGCUGCGCCCGAACAUCGGCGAAGGCUUGCCUGAAGUACAGGGCAUUUGUGUCAAGCCUCCAUGGUGAAAUAGUUUCAAAAUUCUUCACAGACUUGCCAUGAACCGCAUAAGAAUCCACGUCUUGCCAUCCAGUCGGAACCGUGUGACCCAAACCCCCUGUCCAAAGGAGCCCCAGGUCUGCUCCUUCACCCAGAGACAAUGCUCUCAGCCCCGACUGGAAGGUCUAGAGUUCUGCCUCAGACACAUCCUGGAGGACAAGAACGCGCCUUACAAGCAGUGCAGCUAUAUCUCGACCAAGAAUGGCAAGCGCUGUCCCAAUGCUGCGCCCAAGGUUGAGAAAAAGGAUGGGGCGACGUUUUGUGUGGAGCAUGCCCGUAAGAACGCCCUGGCUCUUCGGGCUCAGAUGAGAAAGGCGUCGUUCGGUCCAUCGCCUGAAGCGCUGUUGUCCCAGCUGAGUGGAUACAGCCGUGCUGACACUCAAGGUGUUGGAGGACGCUCCGAAUUCAGCCGGGCAGCAGAUGACGACAGCGUCAGUGAGGAGGAGCAGUGUCCACUGUUGCUGGACCAAACGUGGAGAGGUGACCCGGAGAGUGAGGCGGACAGCAUCGACAGCGAUCAUGAAGAUCCUCUCAGACAUGCAGGUGUGUAUACGGCGGAGGAGGUGGCGCUCAUCACGCGUGAGAAGCUCAUCAGACUCCAGUCCCUGUACAUCGACCAGUUCAAAAGGUUGCAGCAUCUGCUGAAGGAAAAGAAGCGCCGAUACCUGCACAACCGCAAGUCGGAGCAUGAGAGCAUCGGGAGCAGCCUUCUCACUGGGCCAGAAGGACUGUCCAUGAAGGAGCGGGAGAAUCUGAAGAAGCUCAAGGCUCUGCGGCGCUACCGCCGGCGCUAUGGCGUGGAAGCCCUGCUGCACCGACAGCUGAGGGAGAGAAGGCAGGCGGUGACUGAAGGAGCCCCUCAAAGCACCUUGAGGAGCCAGCAGGAGAAGUGCAUCUUCUUUGAGGAAGGAUACAGUUGCACCAACCCGUGCCUGCCCAUGGCCCGCCACUGCGUCGCUCACAUUUUGCAGGACAGCAACCAGGUCCUUUUCAAGCUGUGUCCCGGCCUGAAGGACCUGCCCUGCGACCGCACCAUCCACAUGGGCCAGUCAGAGGACCCUCGCUGCCCGCUGCACCUCACCCUGCCUGCCCUCAUGUAUCAGCCCGAGCAGCAGCCUCCGCCGCAGGAGCCGGCCGCGGCCAGCAGAGACAUGUACCUGAGUGCCGCCGAGCUCCAGCCCACCGAGAGCCUCCCGCUGGAGUUCAGUGACGACCUGGACGUGGAAGGAGACGGUAUUCAGGGUCCUCCGUCCCCCCUGCAGUUUGACACCGCUCUGGCUUUGGAGGACCAGACCAUCAGAGCCAUUGCUGAGGCCCCGAUGGACAUCCUGACGGGAGAGGAUGCAGACCUGGACACUUCGGCGCCGGAGCUGUCGGACAGAGAUGUAGAUGCCAUCAUGAAUGACCAGGUGGUGAUGGGUGAAGAGGACACCACAGAUGGAUCCAUCCAGGACGCAGCGUUGGCUGACGCUCCCAGAUGAACUCGCUCCGCCACCGCUUCUCCCGUUUGUGUUUCUAUAUUUAUGUUCUUUCAAAGGCAUCGAGUGAAAUGACCACAUACUCUCACAUGUGAUUCAGUUGAGUCAUAAUCUGUAACAGUUUAAGAGCUUCUCCGACUGGUGACUAUUAAACAAAUGCAGCAGCAAA